AUGAAAAAUCUGAGAAUAUUCAAAGUCGCAGGAAUCAUUUCUCUUAUCAUGUUUUCUAUUUGGCUGACGCUCCGUUUCAGGUGCAGCACUAUCCAAACGUCUAUCAACAAACAGGACUACGGCCCUGUCAGACCCACACAAAAUCACCAGGAGCCUGUGUACAACAAAGAUCUCAAAAACCUCAGACAUAAAGGGUUAUCUAACAGCCUCUGGGAUAUUGAUCUCAACAAAAUGAGUACUGAAGAGCUUCUGUUGACAAUACACAGUUGUCUUGAUAACGCACAG